AUGGACUUCACGCACUCUCUCCAAAAGCUCGCCAGCUACCGACGGCAAAGCACGCCAAAGUCAAAGGCGACUCUUGACGAGGGCCUUGCGCUGCUGCGCAGCGGCAGGUAUGCGAAGCAAGGCGACGAAGGCUGGGACGCGUUGGAGAAGCUGGCCCUUGCAGCGUUAGAUGAAGGGGAUAUUGAGACAGCCGAUCAAUGUCUCGUACGCCUGCUCGACAAAUACCCUGGCUCUUCAAGAGUGGAGCUUCUUCAGGGUAUCAGGAUGGAGGCCACAGAACCUCUGAACGUAGCUCUGAAGUACUACGAGGAACUUCUGGAGGCAGAUGAGGCGAACCCGGGCAUUUGGCGAAGAAAGGCCGUUGUGCUCCGCAACAUGGGCAAGAUCGAUAAGGCCGUAGAGGAACUCUCUGCGAUGCUCGACACAUUUUACGCGGACGUUGGGGGAUGGCUGGAGCUCGCCGACAUGUAUUCCUCAUGCCAACAGUACACCUAUGCACUUCAGUCUCUCUCGCACGUCCUUCUGCUAGCACCUCAGAAUCCAUUCUACUUCUUGCAAUUUGCCGAAACGGCAUACCUAGCUGGUGACUUAACUCUAUCGCUCAAGAUGUUCCUCAUCGCAGUCGAUAUGACGGACGACGAUGACGGACCCGUCCCUCCUCAGGAUUCGAUACCUACAAGCCUUACAUUGCGAGCGUGGUAUGGCGUCAAGCUGUGCACACAACGACUGGUCACAGAGCCGCGCCUCAUGACGUCAUCGGCAUCGCAGACACCAGGGCCGACAACGACAAUGUUGCAGAGCAUUGAUGAGCUUUCGACUGAACGAUUGCGCACAGCAUACCUCAAUAUGAAGGGAGAGUCGCCGCCGAAGGCAGACAAGGAUCUGAUCACCGUCAUGGCUACGAUGAUACAAUAGUAUACUCCUAGAUCCUGUCAUGUACAGAUACCCUGUCCUACCUUCUGGUGCUAAAUCUUCAUUCUUGAAAAACGGAGUCCAAGACUUACAACUUGAAGCAGGAUGAACGUCUGAUCGAAGACGAGCGCGAACUCAUCGCAGCGCAUGGUAAGGAGAAACGGCUGCCUGAUAUCAUAGUCAUGGAGAAAGCUAGGCAGGCAUGCGGAUAACAUGAAAUGACGAGAAUGCGAGUGAUACAACAGCAAGAUGGGACUCCCCAGCCAGAUUACUCCCGGACAUCCGUCUGUCGAGGAUAGUGAAGCGGCAUAUUGCCCGGCGAUGACGCCUAGUGCGUCGAAGAAGAGGAAACUCGAAUG